AUGAAAUUCAGCAAGCUUGUCGAUCCAUCAAUUGUUAACUAUGUUCGUGAUCAUUGCGUAAGGGAGAGCACAGAACAGACAGAGUUGAGAAGAGUUACUGGAGAAAAGCUUGAAGAUAAAUCAAGAAUGAUUUCAAGCCCAGAACAAAUGGCAUUAUUGCAAUUGUUGUUGAAAUUGACUGGAGCAAAAAAGAUAUUAGAGAUUGGUUGCUUCACUGGUUAUAGUGCCCUUUCAUUUGCUCUUGCCACAGAAGCAACAAAAGCAACCAUUGUUACUCUUGAUGUGAGUUCAGAGUUUGUUGAUAUUGGAAGAGAAUUUUGGGAUAAGGCAGGUGUUAGUGAUAGAAUUACAACAAUGAUUGCUCCUGCUUUGGACAGUUUACAAGUUUUGAAGAAUAAUAAUGAAACUUUUGAUUUUGUUUUUAUUGAUGCAGACAAAGUCAAUUAUCCAAAAUAUGUUGAUUUGGUCUAUGAUUUAGUCAAUUCAAACGGUUUGGUGGUCAUUGAUAAUACAUUAUGGUCUGGUAGAAUAUUAGAUGAACAAGAUACAACCCCAGAAACUCAAGCCAUCAGAGAAUGUAAUGAUAAGGUAAGGGAUGACUAUAGAUGGGAUAUUGCAUUGGAGAUUAUUGCUGAUGGAGUGUUUUUCCUUAGAAAAAAGUAAAUAAAAAUCUCUGGAGUUCAAUCUAAGUAUUAUAAUAUAUGAGAAUACUUAUAUUGAAGUAUGAGACUCAAGUAUUAUAUAUGAGAAUACUCAUCUGGUUGAAGAAUGGAUGUUCCAAACAUGUUAAAUCUCUUCUCCUUUCCAACUCUAUAAGAAACAAGACAAGUUUCAAUAACGUGCUCUGCACUAGUGAGUUGAUUAAUCUUUUCCUCUAAAAUACGUUUGCUUGUAGGAUUUUCUUUGAGAUUACAUGCUGGCAUUUGUAAUAAAUAUUCAGCUUCUUGAUCUAAAACAAAACACGUCAGACAACAUCCACUCUCUAAAUCCUUAAUUAAAAAUUGGAAGAGAAAUCUAUACUCUUGAUUGGAAUGAUUAUUGUUUGCUUUGGUAAAGUUUUCAAUAUUUUUUGGAAAGUAAUCAAUAAUCUUUCCCCUAGUUCUGUACUUGU